GUCAUCGUGUAAACCACGCCCCUUAUCAGGUAACCAGGAAAUGCAGACCUCAGCCCGGAGGUCCGAUUUUGCUUCGAGUGUUUGUUGUUGACCAGGAAUUCCGUCCCGCGAAAUGGUUCUGCAAAUCUAGACAUCAGCUGUUGACUCAAAGUCGUUUCCGACAUGCAUGUGAAGAAUCCCCGCAGGCCGGACCUUUUCCUGCUCCUACUCCUCGGCACUUUCCUGGGGGCGGCGGUGACACAGACGUCCGCGGAAGGCGCGCAGAACCGAACCGCCGCGCAGGACGCGGUGCUGAAGGCACGACGGGAUGGCGCGCCGUUCAACGGCGAGGUGGUGGUGGUGAAGGAGGGAAGCGACGCGCUGAUCGAGUGCAAUGUCACGGGCGUUUACGAUGACUUCCAUUGGUACAACCCUAAAGGGCUCUUGCUGGAGGAAGAGGGAGGAGCAGAGGUGCGGUGGCGAGUGGAGGCCAACGGAACGCUGAACAUCACCGACGUCUACUUCUCCGACCGCGGCCGCUACACCUGCCUGGCCCUCCGUGGCGAGGACGCGGUCGACGUCCACGCCUACACGGUGACGGUGCGCGUGGCGUACACCAGCGGCGGCCUCGGGCUCUUCUACGUGGGCGUGUGCCUGGUGACCUUCGCCCUCACCAUGGUGUUCAACGUGACGCGCCUCUGCCAAGUGUGCACCCACCUGAAGGAGACCGAGGCCGCCAUCAACGACUUCUUCCACUCUGAGGGGCUGGAGAAGCUGCAGAAGGCCUUCGAGGUGGCCAAGCGCAUCCCCAUCAUCACCUCCGCUAAGACCGCCGAGCUGGCCAAGGUCACCCAGUUCAAGACGGCGGAGCUGGCCAAGAUGACGCAGUCCAAGACGCUGGAGCUUGUGCGCCACAUCGAGGAGCUAGCGCGUAGCAUACCGCUGCCGCCGCUCAUCACUCAAUGCCGCUACCCCACAGAGGAGGAGGGGCGUGCCGCUAGGGUCAGCACGCAGGAAGCUAGCCAGAGCCUGCUACCCCAACCGAUUGAGGUAGUGGUGAGCAUCAAUGAGGCUAGCCAGAGCCUGCUAACAGAUCCAGAGGAGGUAGCCGCUAGCCUGGAGGAAGCUAGCCAGAGCCUGCUAACAGAACCAGUGGAGGUAGCUGCUAGCCUGGAGGAAGCUAGCCAGAGUCUGCUAACAGAACCAGGUGAGGUAGCCGCUAGCAUGAAGGGAGCUAGUCAGAGCCUGCUAACAGAACCAGGUGAGGUAGCCGUGCUGGCGGGAGCAGGUGAGUCUGACGGAGGUUCCUUCGACGUCAAGGUGUCCAUCCACCUGGACUCACCUGGCGGGGCGGAGCCUGAAAACCAGGAAGGAUCAGAAACUGUGUAGCCUCUAAGAGCCAUAGCUAAUCUCUCUGUGUAUAUAUAUAUAUAUAUAUUUAUAUAUAUAUAUAUAUAAUGUAUAAACAUUUUUGAAUUUAUCUUCAACUGGAUUGGCAUCCUCACCAUGAGUAUUGAUUGUUAUUGAUUAUUGAUGGACAUCUGGGAAUGUCUGGAUGGCAUGGGUCUUGACCCGUGGUUAUUUGGUUACUGAAAGUGGUGUAGGCUUACCCCCAAAAAAACUGUCCGGUUUUUUCUGAAGUCUACUUGUUAUCUCGUUGAACUGUUCAUUAGAACAGUAAAUGAGUAUUGUAUUUUUCUAGUUUUCUACGAUGGUAGUACCACUAUCGCCCAGCAGGCGUCGGAUGUCGGCGUUAAGUGGCGCCCACAUUCGUGAUCGUUUGGGCGAAGUUCUUCCCUCGCCGUCUUCUAGUCCCUCCGGAGGCAUAUCUUUUAAAUGCCAAUCAUGUCAGUCCUUUAUAAGAGUGAGUGGAAACAAUGAUUCGCCUUAUUAUAGUAACGUGUAUCUUUCCUUUCUAUGUCAAGAUUAAGUGUGAUGUUUAUACAGACGAAUUUGAAAUUGGAGUAAUUAAAUAAAUCAAUGCCCAGGCUGGAUUGUUCGGCACUGAUAAAAGCGAUUUCAGGUGAGGUUCCUCCAUGGAAUCGGCUUGCAGUGCCUUGGUUCUAAAUAAAAAAUGAUGCGCUCCCUCCAAG